UUUUUUUUCUUCCACUUUGACUCGAUAUCAGUCGUGUUGAAGACAAGUUUAAAGUAAAGGACAAUGUUUGAAAACAUCAACGGCGCAUUGACUGUGUUCAUAGUCACGAUUUUCACAAUAAAAAGUGUUCAUGCAACAAAGGCUAAAUGUGGCUCGACAGGAGCGUUUUGUGGUAGAGGACCGAACAGCGUAGAUUGUUGUGACGGUUUCUUCUGCGACAUAGCAACGGACGAUUCUUACGCACGUUGUGCACCAAAUUGUGGAUCAUCUGGAGCAUUUUGUGGCAGAGGACCGAACAGAGUAGAUUGUUGUGACGGUUUCUUCUGCGACAUAGCACCGGACGAUUCUUACGCACGUUGUACACCAAAUUGUGGAUCAUCUGGAGCAUUUUGUGGCAGAGGACCGAACAGAGUAGAUUGUUGUGACGGUUUCUUCUGCGACAUAGCACCGGACGAUUCUUACGCACGUUGUACACCAAAUUGUGGAGCAUCUGGAGCAUUUUGCGGAAGAGGACCGAACAGGAAAGAUUGCUGUCCAGGCUAUCAUUGCAAGAUUGCUCCUGAUGAUACUUACGCAUAUUGUGAGAAAGACAACGAUUGUGGCACAACCGGACAACUUUGUGGAAGGGGACCGAACAGAAAAGAGUGCUGUGCAGGAUACUACUGUUUGAUUGCUUGGAAUGACAGGUUCUCACUUUGCAUUCCCAACAAGUGCAGACGGGUGUAAAUAACUUCAAUUACGAGAAGAGAAUGAAAAUAAAAAAUAAUUUCAGAGCGA